AUGAUAUAUCCAAUUCUCCUUUCAGUACUCACCCCACACGCGGUUACCAUUUUGAUUGCAGUAGCGCCACGUGCGUAUUGCGAUUCUUCUGCAACAUUACACAAUCACAUGUUUGCAACAAGCAAUGUAAAUUUCCCAAUGUCGAUUCUUCCGACAGUCUAUCUACCUAAUAGUACGACUCUGUUUCCUCCAAUAGCAAUUCAUAGGCCCAUGGCCGAGUCUCUAGAGCCGUUAGAAAUGUUGAGUGACGAAUCCCCUGUCAUUCCUUUUACCAAUUCCAGCAGUUCUUCAUCGGGGACGUCGACUUAUUUUGCGUUUGUUAUUAAUCCUUUGCCUCCUAGUAAGCGCUCUGAGGUUACAGGCCAUGAUGAACGGGCUGGAAAUAGUGAAAUACCAGGUAGCGAGUUCAAUGACGAUGAUAAAUGCCCCGACAGCCUAUCUGACCGUUUGUCCAAGUGA